GAAAAACACAUAUAGAUACAACACAACAUAUACAUACAUACAUACAUACAUACAGAGCGAGAAAGUCAUCAUCUAGAGAGAGAAACAAAGGCGGUAAAGGUGGGGCACUAUAACAAUGAUGAUGAAGAACAGAUGCUUAUAAUUUAUGAUGAUGAUGAUGAAGAAGAAGAAAGAGUUGAUAUGUAAAUAUUACUAUUAUUAUUUGUAGAACAAUGUUGAGUCAUCUCAUUUCUCAAGUUCUAGACCUUUCCGGUACUCCUCCGCCGCCGUAUCUCCUCCGUUAUCAGCCUCCGCCGAUACUGCAACAACCGCCGGAGCUUCCAAGUCACAGCUCGUGUCUUCUAAACCUUGAAGACGAUCAAUCAGAAGAUGAUUGCUACAAUCUUGUAAUGAAAGCUGGAAAGUUUGAAAUGUUAGAGCCCGGGAUAGGCCCGCCUUCAAAACGGGCCCGGAAGGACAGCACCCAAGGAAAAAAAUUAUCUGAAACCUCUGUUCCGAACAAGACUAUGGAUUCAGAAAUAUGGAAAGAGUUCCCAGAAGACCUGUUCGAAAACGUAAUUGCCCGACUUCCGGUUGCAACCUUUUUCCGGUUCAGAUCCGUUUGCCAGAAAUGGAACUCGUUGUUGACUUCUAACAGCUUCUCGCUUCAAUGCGGUCAACUCACUCGAACCCAACCGUGGUUCUACACCCGAACCCAUGAAAAUGUCAACACGGGAGCCAUGUACGACCCGGUUUCAAGAAAAUGGCACCACCCUAAUGUACCUGUCGUACCGACAAAUAAGAUAGUGUUGCCCGUUGCUUCUGCAGGCGGGCUCGUUUGUUUUCUAGACAUUAGUCAUGGAAGCUUCUAUGUGUGUAACCCGUUGACCCGGUCUUUCCGUGAGUUACAGGCUAGAUCGGUCAAUGUCUGGUCAAGGGUCGUUGUCGGGAUGACUGCAAACGAGAAAGCGGGUGGGGCGUACCAGGUUAUGUGGGUCGGGUCGAAUGGCGAGUAUGAAAUUUAUGAUUCCAGAAAUGACACGUGGGCGUGCCCGGGUGCCAUGCCAACGUGCAUUAACGUGCCGUUGUCGUUAAACUAUAGGUCACAGCCCGUGACUAUAGCCGGGUGUAUGUAUUUUCUAAGGUCGGAUCCGGAUGGGAUAGUGUCGUAUGAUACAGAAACGGGGAUUUGGAAGCAGUUUACGGUCCCGGCCCCUGUCCACCUGAGGGAGCACACGCUGGCGGAGUGUGGCGGCAGGAUUAUGUUGGCGGGGUUGCUGACAAAGAAUGCCGCCACGUGUGUCUGCAUAUGGGAGCUUCAGAAGAUGACUCUCUUGUGGAAGGAGGUUGACAGAAUGCCAAAUAUAUGGUGCUUAGAGUUUUAUGGAAAGCCCAUUAGGAUGUCUUGUUUGGGUAACAAAACAUUGCUUAUGUUAUCACUUCGGUCCAAAAUGACGAACCGGUUAGUCGGUUACGAUAUGGCAAGAAAAGAAUGGUUCAAGGUUCCUAACUGUGUGUUUCCACACAGUCGAAAACGACAAUGGAUCGCUUGUGGGACCGCCUUUCAUCCUUGUCUGACCGCUAAGGCUAAGGCUUAGACUUUUGUUUCCCACGUAGUUUAGUAUAGUAGCGUUGUUGAAGACAGGUUUAAAGUUUAAAACCUUUUCUACAACAACCCAACCCGACCCAUUUGGGUAAUGUUAAUCCUGUUCAAUUUUUCUCAUUGUCUUUGUAAUAAGACCUGUACGUGUAUAACUAGUGUUGUUUUAUUCCUCUA